CAACAGCCAGGGUUGGGGGAAAGGGAGCAGGAGCCAUGCCAGGGAAGAUCUCUAACCUGAGGCUCAGAGUACAGCCUGGAGGAGAACCCAUAAGGGUCAUCCUCUAUAACGCGAACUGUUUAUAUGAAGUCAGCUACACCUUGAGUUAAGUGAGUUUCUUUGGUGAAUGGACUGCUGAGUUCCAUAGCCCAGUGUUCCAAUAUUUCUUAUUGCAAAGACCUGUGGAGUUGGAAUAAGCUGGUUGGUUUGGCCCAUAUAGACGGAUUGCUCAAGGCCAACACAACCCCAUACUGCUUUUUUGCGGAGGCUGGAUUUCUCUUGAUAGUCUAAACUACAGAAAGGCCAAAUCUCCACUUUUAUGGUGUCCAAAUUCAGCCUCACACAUCUCUCCUCGUUGGAAAAAAAAAAAAAAAGCCUUCUGCGUCCCUUUCUUAAAUCAUUUGCUUAUGUCCUAAGAAUUGGAUCUCCUCACAAAAUGGCACCCAAUCCUGUAGCAGGAACUCUGGGGGAAUUCCCAUGGCCCAGUCAAUGCCCCUCCCAAAUUGUACUGUUGCAGUCUUGGAGUGACAAUAUUAUCAGUCUGCCCUUCCAGAUGAAGAAAUUGAGGUACAGAGGCUCCAAGUCCUGCUUCCAGAGGUCCACCUCCUGCAAGGACUGCAUGGCAAAGGCCUGCUUUCAGGUCUUCAGAAGCCUCCAUGGCUUCCCCACUGGGCCGCAUUCCCCACUGGAGAUGCCACAGCAGUGUCUGUGGUUGAUUCAUUGUUGGGGCUGCUGAGGAUCCUGAUGAAUCCCCUCUCUCUCAUUAGCGAGAAGCUUCAGAACUAACUAUGAAGGGCACAGUCCAGCAAAUGGUGUGAAUUGAUGGAUGGACCUCAAAGGUACCACUGUGCAGACUGGCUCCGUGCCUGCCUCAGCGGGCCAGGGCUGUUCCGGAGAAUAAACCACUAGGUCUGGCCCAAGGAUGGGGCCACGCUCCAGAGAAAUACCAGUAGAGCCCUGGGCUAGCAUGUUGCAAAUCGGGGCUUAAAAUGAACCCCAGUUUGGGGGAAUGAUAAUUACAGCCCAUUGCACCCAGACCUAACUCUUUGGGGGAGAUGUGGGGGUGCAACUUUACAGGUGAGCAGUUGCCUUCGUGGCAUCUUGCCCCAAGGAAACAACAGCUUCCUUUUGCCCCAUGGCACAGCUGGCUGAAACAGUGAGCUCCCUUUCUCACCUGUUUUUUUGCAGAAGCCAGAUUGAGAAGUACGAGUGCCUGGGUUGUGAAUUCACGGGAACUGGGGCUUGCUUCCCCUUGCCCAAGGCUUGCUCCUCCAGAGCAACACUCCCUCCUGGCAGGCAGAGUCCUGAGUGCAGGCACAGCCUCGCAGCCUGUGUGGCCUUUCGGCAAGUGAGGACUGCGAUAGUGCUUAAGAGAAACAUCAAAAUUGGAUAAAAAUUCAGGUUUUUUUUCCAAAGAACCAGAUGAGUCGGCUUGGAGGAGAGGUGAGGGGGGGCCGAGGGAGGAAUUGGUUCGACUCAAAACACUUGCUCUGGCCUAUUUGUGUUCCAUCCAAAAGAUGUUUCUUGGGGAAAGUUGCCAGUCUCUUAAAUAUCCCAACAGCGGCAGAAGAGCCCCAGGUCCUAGGCAACCUUGGGGAGGAGACAUUUUUCUCCUGGAAAAAUAAGCGACCAAGGUAGGGGAAGUCACCACCCUGAUGCCCUCCCAAGAGCGGCCUUGGUGGCCCUACCGUGGCAGCCCCAGGAGGCCGGCCCCGGCGCACCGAAGAGACCGCUGCGUCCACACCUCCUCCGGGGUGGCAGCCGUCCUGCCGCCUCCGUCAGGCUCACAGGCCGCCAACUCGGGAGUGCAGCCCGGGGAGAGGCUAGUGGUCACAGGCCGAGCUGGAUGGAUGGGUAUGGGGAGAGGGGCAGGACGUUCAGCCCUGGGAUUCUGGCCGACCCUCGCCUUCCUUCUCUGCAGCCUCCCGGCAGCCACGUCCCCGUGCAAGAUCCUCAAGUGCAACUCUGAGUUCUGGAGCGCCACAGCGGGCAGCCACUCCCCGGCCUCGGACGACGCCCCCGAGUUCUGCGCCGCUCUGCGCACCUACGCCCUGUGCACGCGGCGCACGGCCCGCACCUGCCGGGGCGACCUGGCCUACCACUCGGCCGUCCAUGGCAUAGAGGACCUCAUGAGCCAGUACAACUGCUCCAAGGAUGGCCCCACGUCGCAGCCACGCCUGCGCACCCUCCCGCCACCCAGCGACAGCCAGGAGCGCUCCGACAGCCCCGAGAUCUGCCACUACGAGAAAAGCUUCCACAAGCACUCGGCGGCCCCCAACUACACGCACUGCGGCCUCUUUGGGGACCCGCACCUCAGGACUUUCACAGACCGCUUCCAGACCUGCAAGGUGCAGGGCGCCUGGCCGCUCAUCGACAAUAAUUACCUGAACGUGCAGGUCACCAACACACCUGUGCUGCCUGGCUCGGCCGCCACCGCCACCAGCAAGCUCACCAUCAUCUUCAAGAACUUCCAGGAGUGUGUGGACCAGAAGGUGUACCAGGCCGAGAUGGACGAGCUCCCGGCCGCCUUCGCCGACGGCUCCAAGAACGGCGGGGACAAGCACGGGGCCAACAGUCUGAAGAUCACGGAGAAGGUGUCGGGCCAGCACGUGGAGAUCCAGGCCAAGUACAUCGGCACCACCAUCGUGGUGCGCCAGGUGGGCCGCUACCUGACGUUCGCGGUGCGCAUGCCCGAGGAGGUGGUCCACGCCGUGGAGGACCGCGACGGCCAGGGCCUCUACCUCUGCCUGCGGGGCUGCCCCCUCAACCAGCAGAUCGACUUCCCGGGCCCCGGCGCCCGCAGCCCCGCGCCCGCCGCCGACACCUUCCCCUACGAGGCGGCGGCGGCCAAGUGCAAGGAGAAGCUGCCGGUGGAGGACCUGUACUACCAGGCCUGCGUCUUCGACCUGCUCACCACCGGCGACCUCAACUUCACGCUGGCCGCCUACUACGCGCUGGAGGACGUCAAGAUGCUGCACUCCAACAAGGACAGGCUGCACCUGUACGAGAGGACGCGGGAGCCGCCGGGCCGGGCCGCCGCGCCCCGGCCGCGCCUGGGCAGCCUCGCGCUCCUGGCCCUGCUCCCCGCCUUCCUGCGGGCCUAGGCCCCGAGGGCGCGCUCCAGGCCCCAGGCCCGGGGCGGAGGCGGGGGGCGGGGGGGGGGGCGGGGCCGGGGACGCCCUGCAGCGGCUGCGGAGCUCAGAGGCGGCCGCGGGGCUGUGGACGGGGCGACCUCCCCAGCCCCCGCUCCCCACCCCCUGCCUGUGGGGGGCCUGGUGCGGUGCCGUCCGUGACAGUUGAGCUGUGCGAGGGGGGAGCCGCUCCCCUCCACCCGCCCCGCAGUGUGAAUGUGCAAAACAGCCCCUCAGGCCCGAGCCCCCACGCCCGCGCCACCCCCGGAGACACUGGGAGACCCUGGGACCGAUCAGAGUCGAGCUCCUCCCCACCCCAGCGAUGCACUGAAUCAGGCCCAGCUGACUGCUGCCCGCGCCCGCCACACGCACACACACACUCACACGAGCACACUCGCACACACUAGGCCGAGGUGCCCAGGCCUCCGCGAGGCUGGACCCCCCCCCCCCCCCGCCCCAGGCAGGGCCUCCUUUCCCCUCGGGCUUUGGGACGACUCCGGGGGCGGCGGCUGCUCGGCGCCUCCGGCGGGCCGUAACCCCUUUGACCAGCAGGUGGCGCCCGCCGGGGCCCGGAGAGCGGCCGCGCGCAGCCCCGCGGCCUGUGUCCGCGCCCGGGUCCCGGCUCUGGGCCCCGGCCGCAGGCUCCCCAGGGGCAUCGGUGCUGUCAGCACGAGGUCUGAGCGACGCCACUCGUGGCCCCGGACGGGCCUCCCCGGCCCCCCCAUUGUCCACUGUGCUUGGGAGCUCACGUCCUCGUUUCUAGCCCUUGAUCCCUGUUCCCUUCUCUCCAGCAGGUGGCAAGAGCCCUUGGGCAGGGAGCUGGGCCCGCAGGGCGCGGGCGGGAGACGCGGUGGACAGGGCCAGCUGGCCUGCCCUGAUCCUCGCCCUUCUCCCCACCUGCCCGCCAAGCCCCGCCCCCCACCCGGCCACCCACGUCCGCGUGCUGGGGAGGCGGAGGAGCAGGGUCUGCAAGCUUCUCCACCCUGAGCAUCCCCGGAUGGUCCGGUCCCUCUAGUCCCCGCCCUCCAGCCCGCGGCCACACAGCCCGGAGACGCUUUCCACCCAGAGCCCCGGCCCCCAUCCGAGGAGCCCUGAACCAGUCCCUGCCUCUGCUGCUGUUCCAGAGAGCCCAGGGGCCAAGGCCGGCUCGGGCUCCACUCCCAAAGGUCCGGGAGGGCGGUUCCCACAGCCCCACACCGACCUGGCCCCCCAGCCUGGCAGCCCUCCUGCUGUUCCCCAGGGACCUCUCAUACACUGGCCCAGGAGGCUCCCUGCCUCCCCUCCAAGAGGUCCCCUCUCUGCCCCAGCAGGGGCCGGCAGGUGGGAGGCGCGGCCCCAGCCGCCCUGCUGGUUUUUAGAUGGUCCCUAUGUUGGAAGUAAAAAGUGAAGCACUUUAUUUUGGUUGUGUUUGAUCGCGUUCUGCUUGGAAGUGGGGACUCCUCACUGCGUCCUUGUGUCUGCGACCUGUGUCGAGUGUCACCGCAUGUACAUAUUGUAAAUUAUUUAUUAACGGCUAAAUGCAAGUAAAGUUUGGGGUUUUUUUUGUUUUGUUA